AUGUUCUUCAAAAAGAACCAGUCCACAGAAUCCCAUGUGUCAGCGCAGCAAUCUGACGCUUCGACAUAUCCCAACCAAAACCCAGUCGUUGAAGACACCGAUAUGACAAUGGAAACACAGGAAGCAACCCAUACGAAGACGAAUCAAUCCGAAGAUGUCCAAUAUCCUUCAGGGCUGAGUCUUGUUUUGGUCCUGGGCUCCCUGUUCAUUAGCAUGUUUCUAGUUUCGCUUGAUCGAUUGAUUAUCACGACCGCUAUUCCUAAAAUUACCGAUGAAUUCGACUCUGUAACCGACGUCGGAUGGUAUGGCUCUGUCUUCCUCCUGACAACCUGCGCAUUUCAACUGCUCUUCGGCAAAAUAUACUCCUUCUAUAGCAUCAAGGCGACAUUCCUUGUCUCGGUACUCCUCUUCGAAGUUGGUUCCGCAAUCUGUGGUGCCGCUCCCAGUUCCGAUGUCUUUAUUUUUGGUAGAGCCCUGGCAGGUGUUGGCUCGGCGGGAAUCCUCACAGGCGUGAUCAUUGUAAUCGUGCACGCCGUGCCUCUCCAUAAGCGACCCAUGUACCAAGGCAUGUUCGGCGCUGUCUUCGGCAUCGCCUCGAUCAUUGGGCCUUUGGUUGGAGGUGCUUUCACAACAAGGCUUACAUGGAGAUGGUGCUUCUAUAUCAACCUUCCUUUCGGCGGAGUCGCUGCCUUGGUGAUUGUCUUCCUCUUGAAGCUCCCCGACAGAGAGGCAAGCACGCUCUCCACCAAGGCCAAGUUGGCGCAGUUGGACUUUUACGGAACCUCGGUGCUUAUCCCCGGAACCGUCUGUCUGCUGCUGGCAUUGCAGUGGGGCGGAUUGACCUAUGCUUGGAACAACGGACGUAUUGUUGCGCUUCUUGUACUCGCCUGCGUGCUUCUGAUUGGCUUUGUUAUGGUCCAGGUCUUCUUGCCCAAGACAGCAACUAUCCCUCCCAAAGUUUUCAAGCAGCGAAGCAUCUUGGCAGGUGUCUUUGCAACGUUCUGCAUCGGAUCGCAGAACAUGAUCAUAAUCUAUUACCUGCCCAUCUGGUUCCAGGCCAUCCAAGGAGUCUCUGCUGUUGAAUCAGGCAUUCGCCUGCUCCCACUGGUGCUGUCCAUGGUCGUUUCGUCGCUGAUGACGGGAGGACUCAUUCGCCGAACCGGUUACUACACGCCGUUCCUCAUCAUCGGAGUCUGCUUCAUGAGCGUUGGCGCUGGACUCCUGAACACCCUGCAACUGGAUACUCCCAGCGCCAAGUGGAUCGGGUACCAGAUUCUAUACGGCUUCGGCACCGGCUGUGCCUCUCAGGUCCCCAACAUCGCCGCUCAGACGGUACUUCCGAAGAAGGAUGUGCCCAUCGGCACCUCCCUCAUGUUCUUCUCUCAGCUCCUUGGAGGUGCCAUCUUCAUCUCCGUGGGCCAGAACGUCCUCAACAACCAGCUUCUUGAGCGUUUGUCGUCGGUCCCGGGCUUCAAUUCGGCCUUGAUAGAGAGCAGCGGUGCCACCUCCCUGACAGAUCUGCCAGCUUCGGUCAAGCAGACUGUUUUGGUUGGCUACAAUGAGUCGUUGCGUGUUGUCUUCCGGCUUGGACUCAUCUUGACCUGUCUCUCGAUUCUUGGGGCUUUGGCGAUGGAAUGGCGGAGCGUCAAGCAGAAUACAAAGAAGGAAGUGCCAAAGGCUGAGGAAAGCCAGGCAGCUGAAAAGGUGUAG